AAGUCGAGCCGGAAGUGAACGUGGGUGCUAGUUUAGCUGGCUAACAACAAGUAGUCGGUAGUUUUGUUCAUUAACGCUGAACGGUUGAGUUAUUACUCAAUAACUUAACGGAUUACCUGAUAAACCAGGACUAGUUAAACUAGUCCACCGUUCGUUUAUGUUGCCUCUUUAUCGCUUUAGCUUGGACGCCUUGUGUUAGCUUAGCAACCUAGCGACUGCUUAGCAACCGGCUAGUUUAGCGUUAAUAGGUGUUAUUAUUAUUGUUGUGUCGCUUCAUUAGGAGUUAACAGGAGUCAUGGAUCCAGCCGAGCGCAUGUGGAUCUUUCCCAUGGGCUUGUGAGCUCGGACUGCUUUUUUAAUGGGAGCCGCUCGGAGUCUUUACCAGACUUGUGGGCGAUAUUCGCGCAGACGGAAGAAGACCCAGCGGCCCGAAUGGAGUCGUUGGCAGGUUACGUUUAUAAAGCUGCGAGUGAAGGCAGAGUCCUGACCCUGGCUGCUCUGUUACUAAACCAUUCUGCCUCUGAGACGCGCUACCUGUUAGACUUUACAACGCUGUUAGCUGGACAACGCUCCACUCCUCUCAUCAUAGCAGCCAGGAACGGACACGACAAAGUAGUCCGUCUUCUCCUGGACCACUAUGGAGUGGAUACUGAGCAGACAGGGACAGUCAGGUUUGAUGGGUAUGUGAUCGAAGGCGCCACGGCUCUUUGGUGCGCUGCGGGUGGAGGACACUUUGAGGUCGUGCGUCUUCUCGUGUCUCAUGAUGCCAACGUGAACCACACCACCCUGACCAACUCCACCCCGCUCAGGGCGGCGUGCUUCGACGGUCGCCUGGACAUCGUGCGCUACCUGGUAGAGCAUAACGCCGACAUCGGCAUCGCCAAUAAGUACAACAAUACCUGUCUGAUGAUAGCUGCUUUUAAGGGACACGCGGACGUAGUGCGCUUCUUGCUAGAGCAAAACGCUGACCCGAACACGAAGGCACACUGCGGCGCUACGGCUCUGCACUUUGCAGCCGAGGCCGGACAUCUGGAAGUUGUGAAAGAGCUGGUGAAGUGUCAGGCGGCUAUGGUGGUGAACGGCCAUGGCAUGACACCCCUCAAAGUCGCGGCUGAAAGCUGCAAGGCGGAUGUUGUCGAGCUGCUUCUCUCCCACGUCGACUGUGACCCUCACAGCCGUAUCGAAGCGUUAGAGCUGCUCGGGGCUUCGUUUGCUAACGACCGGGAGAAUUAUGACAUCCUAAAUACAUACCAUUACUUGUAUCUGGCCAUGCUCGAGCGUUACCGCGACCCUGAGAGGGUCAUCGCCAAAGAGAUCCUGCCACCCGUGGAAGCUUACGGUGGUCGCAUGGAGUGUAGGACGCUUCAGGAGCUGGAGGCUAUCAAACAGAACCGCGACGUACUGCACAUGGAAGGUCUGAUGGUCCGCGAGCGCAUCCUGGGAUCGGACAACGUAGACGUUUCGCAUCCCAUCAUAUACCGCGGUGCCGUCUAUGCCGACAACAUGGAGUUUGAGCAGUGCAUUAAGCUGUGGCUACAUGCCUUACACCUGCGUCAACGAAGUAACCGUAACACACACAAGGACCUGUUGCGCUUUGCACAAGUUUUUUCGCAGAUGAUGCAACUCAAGGAGCCGGUUCAAGCCGUCGACGUCGAGCAGGUGUUGUGCUGCAGUGUUUUGGAGAUCCGGCGCAGCAUAUCACGCUUGGAAACGGCCUCCGAGGCGGAGCGCCCUGCCUGCACUGACAACUAUGAGUCAAACCUUUUUACCUUUCUCUACCUGGUGUGCAUCUCCACCAAGACGCAGUGCGACGACGAAGACCGCGCACGCAUUAACAAGCAGAUUUACGACGUCAUCCGGCUCGACCCACGCACCCGAGAAGGCUCGUCGCUGCUCCAUCUGGCCGUCAGCUCCAGCACGCCGGUGGACGAUUUCCACACGAACGAUGUGUGCAGCUUCCCCAACGCCCAAGUCACUAAGAUCCUGCUGGACUGUGGCGCACAGGUGAACUGCGUCGAUAUUGAAGGAAACAGCCCUCUCCACCUCAUAGUGCAGUACAAUCGGCCCAUCAGCGACUUCCUCACACUGCAUGCCAUCAUCAUCUGUCUGGUGGAGGCCGGCGCUCACACUGACAUGACCAACAAGCAGAAGAAGACCCCGUUGGAGAAGAGCACCACGGGAGUCUCGGAGAUCCUCCUGAAAACGCAGAUGAAAAUGAGCCUAAAGUGCCUGGCUGCUCGGGCCAUCCGACAGCAUCGCAUUCUCUACAGAGACCAGAUUCCCAAAAGCCUAGAAGAGUUUGUUGAGUUUCACUAACAUGUAGCUUUGCAGUCAUCUGACGGUGCUGGGAAUUCCUGAUCAAGUUUUUUUUUAGUCACACGGAUCUGAAGAUGGCUUUUACACUCACAUCUGUUGUCUAAAUAUUUGUCUAGACUGAUCAAGGGUUUUUCCUGAGCCCUAAAAAAAAGAUUAUACAUUAUGUCCUCUCAUGAUGCACAUUUUUUUAGUGGCACUCGUUUACACUCACUCAUGGUAUUGAAAUAAGUCGUCGCUGCUCGUUGUUGGGCCAUAAAUAAGCAGCCGCACUGAAACCGACGUAUUAAGUGAACGACACCGGAGAGAGCGGCUUUUUACUGACUGCACUUUGCUUAGGAUGAUUUACUUUAGUUAUGUUUUAUUAACAUAUUUUAUUAAAGAAUUAUUUAAAACAUCAGAUGAUCUAUUUUUUAAGGAAUCUUUAACAGAGGAACGGUGUAAUAAAAUCCAAACCUUUUUUUGCCAAACUGUACACGAACGUCUUUUUAGAAAUAAAUACACUAACCCGGGUCUGGGACAGGCUCCUUUAAACUUCUUUGGUUGGUCAACUUUCUAUUAUGCCACUGUAAAGUCAUCCGAUAUCUACAUGACUGUGUGCUGCCGUGCCUUGUGUGGCCUUAUUCUGGAUGGUGCUUGGAUUUCUGUUUUUUUUUCCCCUUUAUUUUUGUUUUUUUUUAAUUAAAGUCUGAGUAAACAGCA